UGGUAUAUAUUAACCGUGAAAAAAAUUGUAGAGAGCACUUGCUGUUAAAAUGUCUUACGAUAAAUUACUGUCAGUGUUCCUCAUCACCCUCGUCCAUUAUUCAUCAUGUGUACCCUUAACCAACAACGAGUUGGGUGAUUACGUUUGGGAUUGUGUUGACUCGCGGGCCAUAAAUAUUGAGGAACGGGGCUACAAGACUGAAGACCAGACCAAGCUGGCUAAUUUUUUGCUGCCGACCUAUUGCUAUAAAUUCGAAAGUGGCGACUGGACAGUGGACCCACAGGCAGUGACUAAAAUAUUUGAAAUCUACAGGCCAAAGUUGGCCAGAGAUUACAACUGCACGGACUUCAAUAACUGCACGAUUCCUAUUUUCCCGGCAGACAACUUGAAUACAAACGACGAUAAGCUCAAAAAGUUCAUUAGAGUCGUUCUGGGAAUACCUUAUUAAUAGAUUAUUUUUUUAUUUUUUUUAUAUACUAGAUGAUAUUGUUUUUUUUAUAAAUAGUAUUUUAAAUUAUUGUAAUUAUACGUCGAUUUUAAUAAAAUUAUUUUAAAAAAAUUUA